AUGGCUCUCAAAACCUUCCUGGCGAGUCUCCUGCUCGCGGCGCCCCUGGCCGUCGGCCAUCCGGGCAAGGAGGAGGCGUUUGCACACGCAGCACAGCCCCUCGAGCGCAAGUCGCUCGCACACUGCGAGAGGGAGUUCUCGCACCCGGAGUUCAUCAAGAAGACGGUCGAGAUCCAUGGGCGCGAACUGGCGCGGUUGCGGCGGUCGCUGGGCAUCGAGGUUGACGAGAAGCCCAAGAUCCGCCCCCGCGACUACAUCUCGGUGUCUCGCAUCGACCACAAGAGCAACAAGACGGUGUCCAAGGGCAUGGAUCUCAGCACGCUGUUCUCGGACUCGGGCGCGUGCAUGCUGAUGCCUUCGGUCGACCAGGGGCCGUUGUUUCUUGCUGACGACAGCCCUCCAGACGUGAAGGGAGAGGAGAUCAGGAAGGACAUUACGGGUGGAGAGCAGGGCAUCAAGUUGACGCUGGCCAUCCAAGUGGUCGACUACAAGACCUGCCAGACCGUGCCCAACGCCUACGUCGACAUCUGGAGCUCCAACUCGACCGGCAUCUAUGUCGGCGUGCAGGGCUACCCGGGGAUGGGCGACCCGAACGACGCUUCCAUCCUGAAGGGCACAACCCUCCGCGGGGUCCAGCCGACCGAUGACCACGGCGUGGCCUCGUUCGACUCCCUCUUCCCGGGCCACUAUGAAGGACGCGCGACCCACAUCCACGCAAUCGUCUACCUCGGCGCGCAAAAACAACCCAACAACACCAUCACCGGCGGUCGCGCCGCGCACGUCGGGCAGCUCUACUUCGACCAGUCGCUCAUCACGGCGGCCAAUAAACUGCCCCCCUACUCCACCAACAAGAUGGGCAUCACGCCCAACACGGCCGACUUUCUCUUCAUGCAGGGGGCCAACGGCGACGACCCGAUCGUGCGGUACGCGCUGGUCGGCGGGGACCUGUCGCAGGGCCUGUUCGCGUGGAUCCGCUUCGGCAUCAACCAGCAGGCCAGUAAGAAUGUCAACCCGGCUGCGUUCUGGACCGAGAAGGGCGGCGUGAUGAAUCCCAAGGGGCCUAUUAGCCAGCUGCCUGGUGGUGGAGGUGGGAGGAGGGAAGAAUAA